GAUUUGACGCCGAAUAGGACUGUCAAACAGCAGCAUGGUGAACAUGACGAAACAGUCUGCUUUCAUCCAAAGAAUUGGCUUUCUGCUGCUACUGGUGGUGUACGGCACAGAUGCAAAGAUGCAAAUCAUUACCAGUAAGCAAGAUGUUCUGGUGGGAGAAGAGAUCUUACUGCUGUGUAAAGCUGGGGCAGAGGGAGAAAUGACGUGGCAGAAGGAUGGGGAAGAUAUCGAUGAUGAAGAAAUGGUGUCAAAGGUGGAUGAGACAGUCUCUAAAUUGCUCAUUAAGAAGGCUACACUGCAGGAUACGGGCGAGUAUUCCUGUCGGUGUGACUUUGACAGCGGACAUCAAGAUAAUGCUCAGAUGCAGCUGUAUGUUUAUGAGGGUCCAUCAUUUGGAAGCACCACCACCUACCAUGAGUUUCUGGAGGGCAAAAACGGGAUGGUACCAUGCUUGGUGACUGGGCAGCCAGCGGUCGAUGUUCGCUGGCUCAGAGACAAGCAAGAAAUCCCUUCUCAUGGUGAAAAGCUUGUGCGUCAGCUGCCUGAUAACACACUACUUAUUGAAACUGUAAAGCGAGAGGAUGCUGGGACAUACGUGUGCCAGGCCCAGAUUAGAGGAAGGCCCAUCUAUCAGCAACUCUCCGUCUCUGUUGUCGUCAAUGCUCCUCCUACUGUGCUUCUGAGAGAAGAGGUAAAAAAAGUGAUUGCCGGACCAGAAAGCAACGUUUCCUUACGGUGCUUGGUGGACGGUCUACCAAAACCCAACAUCACCUGGGCCAUGCCUUUGACGUUUGACCCUUCACGUCAUCAGUUUAACUCAGACCGCAGCCAGUUGACAAUAAGGUCUGUUGCCAGGGCAGACUAUGGGGAGUACAUCUGCACUGCCACCAACAAGAUAGCUGAGAGCAGUGCUACCAUUAUGCUUCAUGUUUUUGAGGCCCCAGACGUGUCUGUGUCAGCAGAGCAGCAGAGUGUUUCAGUGGGUGAGCGCUUGUCUGUGUCCUGUAACGUCUCUGGCCACCCUCAGCCUGAUCUACACUGGCUCAACAAGCAGAAUGGACAAACACUGGACUCUACCUCUGGUCGUGUCCGUGUUGUUGAUGGGGUGUUGGUGAUUGAUGAGGUAGUGCCCUCUGAUGGCGGACUGUAUUCCUGCAUGGCUGUCAGCUCCUCUGGAAAUGCAUCAAGAGAUUUUGCACUACACACCCAGCCUGGUCGCCCUCUCUACUUGUCAGUCUCACCUGGAUCUACCUCAGUCCUCUUCUCCCUCAAAAUCCCACCCACCAGUGGAGGAACACCAAUCACAAGUUACGUCAUGCAGUGGAGGCAACAACAGGCAGAACAGUGGAAGGAGACCACAGUCCCAGCUUCAGAUCCCUUAGCUAUCACCGCCCUCAAGCCAUAUUCGAUGUACACAGUACGCUUGGCUGCUUUGAAUGCAGUGGGAGUGGGAGAGUUCUCAGACACAAACACUGUCCAGACCCAGGGAAUACAGGGUGAGCCUGACAGUCCAGUUUUGCCGUACGGUGCGAUGAAAGUAGACGGCAACUCCUUCUACGUCCCUCUUAAACAGGUCGAUGAUGGUGGAUCUCCGCUGCUGCACUUCAGCAUACGAUACAAACAGGAUAAAGAGGGGACUGAGUGGAAAGAGAUGCAGUUGUCGUCCAAUGCUGACUCUGUCUCCCUUCAAGACCUGUCUUUUGGCUCAGACUAUCAACUGGAAGUCACAGCGGUCAAUGCUAAUGGCUCCUCUCUCCCGGCCAUGUUCAACUUCACCAUCGCAGACCCGCCUGUCAAAAUGAAUAGCCGCAGCAUGACCAAAGGCACUGUGGUUGGCAUUGUCAUGGUGAUCUUCCUCUUGGUGUUCCUGGCGGUAGACACCACCUGCUGCUAUAGAAAGCGCUGCGGCCUGCUCAUGUUCAUCGCUGUGAAACUCUUUGGACAGAAAGUCCCAGGCCUCAAAAUGCUUGAAGAAGGAGAGGGAACCAAUGGGGAAGUGAAGCUGAAGGGUAUAUCUCCGAGAGGCAGUAUCCAACCGACGGGGGUUCAGACACUCACGAAGGACGGGGGGCUCUCAGAGAUCACCUGCGACAAAGCCCCCCUCACCAAACACGAGAAAAUACAGCCAGACCUGCCCACUGCUGACGCAUGAGACCAUAAACCGGAGAAACAACACAUAAGAAGUGUGAACCAACAAUUGACAAUGUAUAUACAACAAGAAAAGAUAUCAAACCGUCACUCAGUCUUAACAGCUGACUCAGAACAGUUGGACAUGGCUGUCAUGGGAAAGGUCAAACAUUACUGACAGACUGCAGAGAAAACACUGAUGUUGCUGGGGCUGUUUCAGAUGUCUGUGCUGUUAGGGCGCGAGUACAACAGGACUGUGCUCAGCCUCUCGUGGUGACACUGUCCUCUCCUCAGGUUGAAAAUCUCCCAGCUUCCAGCAGAGGAUACAGGCAGGAGAUGAUGUCAUGUUGUUCUGACUGCUCUGAUUUAGAUUAGAUCUCGUUCUACAGGGUAACCCCGGUGUCUGUGUGUGUUACAGGGUAAAAUUAUUGGUGUUUUAAGUUAAAAUUCAAAUUGUUACAUUUUCCAGAAGUCACAACAAAUGUUUACCCACUGCAUUUUGAAUGUUGUACACAGACACAAGGUCUUAUUUUAUUUUUACUCUUUUUGAAUCGAUUUAUUGCUAUCCAGUGUAAUUAGCACUUUUUGGCAUUUAAAAUAUUUGUUUCUGUUAAUCAUGUUUGGUUCCUUUACCUUUUAAUUGUUAUUUCUUUUUCAUGUUGCAUUGUGGCUGCUCUUCUGGUGGUUAUGUAAGGCUAAACAUCUUGUUUUUUAAGAUUAGAUUACACUGUAUCCUGAUACUGACCAGUACCAUUUUUAAGCUUACACUAAACCUAACUAACCUUAAUGUAAUUAUUUUGCAGUGAUAUUUAUUGUUUUUGCUUUGAACUUAAAGACAUAUUUGACUCUGUGGCUAGCUUUACUGUAAUCAUUUUUUGUAAAAAAAAUUUUAUCUGGCUGGCCACAUUAGGGAACUGUAAUUAAAAGCAACUUUUAUUAUGAGAAUCUUCUUCUGAAGUACCUGUAAUAAUAGGCGACACGUUAAACAUAUAUACAUCUAACAAAAUCGACUAAUGUUGUAAGUUAUUUUGUAUUUAUAGUCAUAUUAUUAUUAACAGUAAUCAAAUAUCUUCAAGUCAAAAUGUUUCAAGUUAAAUGUUUAACUCGGUUGCAGCUUCUUUAUUUAGAAAAUACUCCAAGUUACCUGACCAGAUUAAUGAAGUGUUUUGUGUUUUGAGAUUGUUGUAAUAUUGCCUUGAACACUGUACAUGGUUGUACAUACAUGUUGCUACAUCUUUGUGCUUGAUUAAAACAGGGACUGUUCAGCA